AUGGACUUCUCUGACAUAUUCCGCAUCGUCAACCUGGCAACUGGAGCCUUGAUGGUCUUUGGAGGCAUCAGUCAGUUCUGGCCCGACGUUAGCGUUCGAGGCACCAUUUGCGCCAUCUACAUUAUCCUCUUUGGUCUCGCCAAUGCUCUUCUUGAGUUCCAGAUCCCUCCUCAGAUUGCCAGAUAUGCAUCAUUCAUGUUCUCCUUCAUUGGACGCGGCGUUUUCUACGUAUUCAUCGGAGCUCUCUGCUUCACUGGUCACUGGACCAAGUACAUUAUCGGCGGUAUCAUCAUACUCGUUGGUGUCGCCUACAUCGCGCUCGAAUACGUACCCAGCAUUGAGCCCCCGGCCAACAUGAGGGAUGCCGACGCAGGCUGGGGCGCUGAACAGGUGUAA